GGCCCAUCUGCAAUCGCUACUCAAGGCUACAAAGGGGAAAAGAGAGAUGAAGGUUAUCGCCGCAUACUUGCUCGCCGUGAUCGGUGGCAACGCCUCCCCUUCCCGCGGCGACAUCAAGAAAAUUCUGUCCUCCGUUGGUGCUGAUGCGGAUGAGGACAGAGUUGAUCUUCUCUUAGCCCAAGUUGAGGGAAAAGAUAUCACUGAACUGAUAGCAUCUGGAAGGGAAAAGUUGGCUUCUGUACCCAGUGGUGGUGGUGUGGCUGUAGCUGCAGCACCUGCUAGUGGUGGCAGUGGUGGUGGUGCCGCUGCUGCUCCUGCUGCCCAAGAGAAAAAGGAGGAAAAAGAAGAAGAGGAAUCUGAUGGAGAAAUGGGUUUUGAUCUCUUUGGAGGAUAUGACUAGAGUUUGUGUUGUAUGUUUCAUUGCAGAGUUGCCUCAAAUUUUUAUUUAGUUUCCCAUUUGAAGACAUUGAUCUUUUCUUCUUUUUGUUUAUCUAUGAGAACUUUUGCUCAUGGGAGUUCACCAUGAUUCCUGUUGCAUG